ACAAAUCUAAUCUUUCUAUAGAUAAAUUCGAGCUUUUUUCCUUAGUUCAUUCAAAAAAAGAAAGAAAAAGAUAUGGGUAUGUCUAAGAAAUUAAUAAAAGCUAUUAUUAUAUAUAUGGCUCUUAUUAUGGUGUUCUUCACAUUUGCAACACUCAAGACCAAUGCGGAAGAUGUGAUAAGCUACGAAGCUCUCAAACAAGAUCAUGCAUGGGGAUGUAGUCCAAAGUAUCCUAGAUUAUCUUGUCUCAAACAAAAGGCCAAUCCCUAGAUUCAUAAAGUCGUGAGUCUCAUCCGAAGUGCAAUAUUUUUCUUUCUGUUUCUGUUUCGUUUAUAAUGUCAUUUUUCGAAUGUUUAUUAUAUCGUACCAUCAUUUUUUUACCUAAAUUUAUGGUGUUUAUAUGUGAUCAUUAAUUUGUAUAUGUAUGUGUCAUAUAUACAUGACUUUUAUUAUUAUUAAUAUAAAGUAAAAAGUAUCACCGAGUUACAACUUGUAAU